AUGGUCAGCGGGAAGCUAUCCGAGACUGCAGAGGGCAGCGUGGAGCUGGUGCAUUACGAUAGUGCACAGCUGCACACCAAGAGGCCAGAGGUGAUGGAGGGCGUGAAGAAUCUGGAUUGUCCGUCACCUGACGUGUGCGUUCUCAUGUUGUGUGUCUGCUGGCAGCCGGAAGACAUCCCACAACAGUCGAACGCGGUAGACUGUGGGAUUUAUGUGGGCAUGUAUCUUCACACACUGGUGUCAUCCGGCUUCUCAACCCUCAAAGAGUGGAUGUCGUUCUAUGGCGUGAAAUCACACGCCUACCGGCGCCAGCUCCUCGAGGAGGUUUCACUCCACGCCACAGGUGACCUUAUUGUCAAGCUACUUGGGGAGGGUGUGGAUGUUCCCGUGCAGCCUCUCCCACAGUUGGGUGAACAUGGUGCCCUCGUCUUUCCCAAGGAGGACGAAGUCCGCACCGACCUGGCGAGGCAGUCAGGCAUGAUCACCCGGAUGGAGGUGGGGGGUUACGUUGUGUGUGCGGCUGUCAUGUGCCUGGCACGUUCGCUUGGCAUCUCAGAGGAUCAGCUGCUGAGUGGAGCGGCCCACGAGCUGCAGGCACACGGGACGCCUCUGCUGGCGCUGUCCACGUCCAAGAACCACGUGGAUCACGCUGCAUCUAUGCGGACGCUCGGCAUGACCAUCCACCCGACGCCCUGCCCGAUUCCGGUGCCAUCGUUCCCUCCUGCGCAUUUCGAUGGGGCGUCCACCAUUCAGAUGGACCCGACACCAACAGAUGCCAACCCCAUGAGGGCGGAGCAGGAUCACCCAACCGCUCCUGUGACUCCGGCAGCACCGCCGACGGUCUCGCGCGUUGCCAAGUAUACCACGCGUCAGGGGAGUAGGACUGCAUCACGGGCCGUGUGUCAGACCAGCAUGUUUGCCGCGUACGGCAGUCGGCCUGCAUCCAGUCGCUGGACAGGGGUGAGUUGGUGCACACGGGGCCGAAAGUGGGGGGUUAAGAUGGUGUGCGGACCAGGCACUGGUCAGCAGAUCAGGCUGGGUGCGUAUAAUGUGGAGCUCGAUGCGGCGUAUGCGUAUGCCGCGACGGCAUUUGUGAUCAGGCGUAAAGACCACAUCCCGCACACGAAGGAGCUGUCGGACGCGGAGAAGGCAUCCCUGGACGGGUGUGUUCGCGACGACGUGCGUCAUCUGGUCAAGGCACGGAUGUGGUGGAGGUGGCGUCAGUGGAGGACAGCAAUGGCAGAGCUGGGCAUUGCUCCUGGUACUCCCUUCCCUCUCGAAAACCAUGGCGCUCGCUCGACCGGCAACAGCAGUGGUGACGACGACUCCAGCAGGCAGAUUGACGAGACUGCUGCUUCCAGCGGGAAGGCGGGCCGCAGGCGCAAACGUCAGGUUCAAGACGUCAUCGAAGGCUCUGCACGAGUGGAUGGGGAACAUGAUGCACCUCCUGCGCCAUCAUUGGACGACGAUCCAAACGAGGAUCUCCCCAGGCGUAACCCAGUGAACACUCAAGACGAGGAUGGUGCGGAAGCGGACAACAAUGCCGAGGCCGACGCAGAAGAGGACGACGCCGGCGCGGAACGUGCUCCGGAUGACGCACCGGUCACGCGCGAGGAUCUGAAUAGCAUGAGGAAGCUCCAUGAAGCCACGGCACGUGCAAUUGCAAGGCUGGAGACAGCGUUCCUUGCGAAACCCAAGGAUGACGUCAACAAUAAGAAGAGGAGGAGGCGAAAGCGCGGCUCCGGCAAGGGAAAGCGCCAGAAGGCGCGGCGGUCACGCUCCACGUCCGAGACGGCGUCCGAUGAGGAGGGGGGCUUCGACGACGAGAACGAGGGCCACCUUCGACACUCAACAUCUGCCAUUAUGCAGGAGGCGCUCGACCUCCUCCCGACCGACAAAGGCUGGAAGGCUCGCACCGAGCUGUUCAUUCGGCGCUCCAACUCGCAGCUGACGUUCUACCCCAGCAGCGCAGCCAAGACAUGGGCCAUUUGCGCAGUCGUGGAUAACCUGACUGAGAGCUAUGCAAGCGUUGCUCUCGCGGCGUGCAAGGCACGUCGGAUCGACCUGAACAGGUCGUUCAGCGACUGGAAGACUGGUGCGGCAGGGAGAGUCCGCGACAUCUCGCUGCCUAGGAUUGGACUGUUCCGCCACGACCGAGACAUGAAGAGUAAGCUGGCACUGUCUCGUUGGAGUUGCGACCGUGACGGGAUGCCGUUCGCGUCUGGGGCGUUUACAGCAUGCGCGCGGGCGGCGUUCAAGCCAAGGAUGGUGAACGGGACUGUGACACUGAAGCUAUACCACGUGGCAUGGCUGGAGCACGUGGUACGCCGGCACCGUGCAGCUUUACAGGGUUUAAAAUAUCAGGGAGAGAGUCCUCAUGCGCGCCUGUAUGUGGAUUGCCGUGCGCAGGUGACAGAUGCAGUCAAGCACUGGGAGGCUCGCCAGGGUCGCUUCUACAACUCCGCAAGCACCAACGCGCAGAUCGUGGACGGCCUCCACGUCCUCGUACAGGCAGCGGUUAGGGGGGCCAUCGCGGAUUUCCGACCCGCCUAUGACGAGGCGUCCCAGAGCUGGGCGUGGGGCCGCCAUGGUCUGCGCAUCUCGGCGGACGGCAUCGCGGCUGCCGACGCAGUGACCGCGGAGGCAAGCGUCAGCUGCGGGUCUCGGCAGGCAUAA